GAAAAGCAUGCCAUCCACUCAUCCAGAAAAGAUACGGGAAGGUAAAGCGCCGCGAAGAUCGCGAUACGGCUGCCGGAAUUGCAAGCUCCGCAAACUGAAGUGCGACGAAGCCAAACCGCAGUGCAAGAGAUGUUGUUCCUUCGGGCUCCUAUGCAACUUCGUCUCGAACGUCCCGGAUCUGCAGCCCGUCGCUGCAGACACAGGGCGAAAAUGGGUGGACCGGGGAAGAGGAAACGUCGCGCUUCAGCCGGCUCUCACCCAUGCGGUUUGGACGUCCGACGCAUCGACGUGUUAUCACUUGGACGCAAGGUCUCAGGAUCUAGUAUAUCGAUAUCUGGGAUGCAGUCUGAUUACACCGGCCGAUCCGGGUAUGAGGGAGGUUAAUCGUGGGCUGCUGGGGUUGGCGUUUGAUCACCCCUACCUAAUGCACGCCUCUCUAGCAAUAGCCCUCACCUACGACCGCCACCUCAACGGCCCCCUGACCCACCACCACAAAAUAGAAGAAUACUACCACCGCUCCCAAAGCACCAUCCUCCUAAACAACCAGCUCCAGCUCCAGCUGCAGUCCCCUCUCCCGCUUUCAUCCAAAACCAAAGACGCAAUCUGGGGCACAGCCGCCGCCCAAACAAUCCUCACCUUCUCAUAUCCCCCGCCCCUGACAGCACUAUGCGCCCUCACGCCCUCCUCAACCGCAGAGUCCAGUCCGUAUUUUCUCCCCGCGCACGCGCUAGCCCAGAUCCUGCGUCCGGAUAAUCAGGUCACGGUGGUCCACGUGCAGUUGUUCAUGGGGAGUAUACAUAACCAGAAAUUGAUGGAUUUGCUGCGCGGGAAGGAUCGGGUGGCGCUGGCGUUGCUGUAUUUGUGGUAUCGGAGGGUGGGGAGGUGCGUUUGGUGGGUUGGCAUGAGGGCAAGGGUGGAGGGGAGGGCGAUUGGCGAGUUUUUGAUGAGGCGGGAGGAUGGGGAUGGGGUGCAACUGCUGUUGCCCGACUAA